UAUAUAUGUAUGUAUAUGAAUGAAUAUAUACACAGAAUAAUAAAUGCUAUGACACUCGUAUUAAAUAGUGAAAUUGUGUUAAACUUGAAAUAUUAAAGUGGCUAAACAAACACGUUACUACAGAAUCUAUGUGAAGUUUCCUAAAAACAAUUACAAAAACUAACUUCUCAAAAUGCCUGCAUCGAAUACAAUAGUUUUAAAAAGCCUUUCCAUACUGCUUGGAUUAUUCUUCAUUUUUGUCGGUUUACUUAAGUUGACGCCAGCCAUCAGCAAGGAUCUAUUUAAGGAUUUGCGAACGGAAUACGUGAAAUAUGCAAAAGUUUUUCCUCUGGCCACAAUAUUUGGUCUCAAAGUACCCUCUAAGUGGUAUCGUCGAACUGUUGGCAUACUGGAGAUAACCUGCGGACUAGCUAUGGCACUCAUUCCAUAUCAUAAAGUAAAAAAUGCUGCCAAUAUAACACUGCUGCUGUUGAUGAUUUUGGGUGUCUAUCAACACUGGAUGGUUAAUGAUCCGUUUGAGCGAUCUGGACCUGCGCUUGUAUUCACAUUUAUGCUGGGUGGACGUUUGGUGGUGUGGUAUCAGACAAGUCGAAAGGACGCUGAAUUAGCUGCUACCGCACAACCGCAAACAAAUGGAGUGAAGCAGGAUUGAGUCAAAAACCAAUAAAAAAUAACGAAAAUCAAUAAAGAAAUCCACAAUCAAUCAAUUUUAAUCAUGUGUGUGAGAAUAAUUACGAUAAAAAGAAUUUUCUUGCGUAUUACUACAUAAGAUUACGACGCAGUCUAGCAUUUGCAUAAAUGCAAUCAGCACAAUUUCAUACCUAGAGGGGUGUAUAUAUGUGAAUACAUAUGUAUGUAUGCACAUAUUUCGUCGUUCAUAUCAUUCAAGCCAUAAAGUAAUCUCUCUCCAAAUUGAAACUCAGCGCUCAAGCAGCAAAACAAUAUUUAUCUUCGGUGCCAAAUUAUAAUUUGUUUUUGUUUAAUUUUAACAAAAACAUCUUUAAAUCCAAAAUAAUCGGUUUUCCUCAAAUAGUGCUCAAUGAAAAUCCUGCAAAGAAAUAAUUAACAUUAUACCCCCGGAUAAUUAUGAAAAGAUUUUAAUCGCUCGUUUCUAACGAGUACGACAUAAAAAAUGAACCCCCUUAAAUGCAAAUUAGUUUUUGGAAUUUUAUAUAUGUACCACCAGAAACAUAUUGGUUUCUUUUUUUAAUACAAUUCGCACGCAAUUUUAAUAAAACAUUCAAAU